GCUUGGUCCAGAAGGGCUUAAGUUGUACCAGACAGACGAGGAAAGAGUUGUAGGCGCACUCGUGAAAGAAAACAAAAAUUAAGCCUGAAAGUAUUUCCAGAUAUUUCAGCGGGUGACUACAAGUGGUCUCAGAGGACUUUUGAUUUUACCUGACAUUUAAGUUGUCUCUUUUGGAAGCUGACAAGUGUUGUUUUUUUGUUUUUGUUUUUUUUAACUGAGAAUUUGGAGAAAGGACGUCAAAAAGAUGACACUGAUCAGAGUGGUUUCAUCAGUGCUGCUGCUGGUACUGAUGCAGUCCGGAGCUCUUUGCGCACGGAGGUUUCGGGGUGGCCGCAACCCACAACCGCGACGCUCACCGCCUCCUCCCACAUACCGGGCAGACCGGGGUGAUACCACCGAGAGCUUCCCUCUGGAUUUCACCGCGGUGGAAGAGAACAUGGAUAACUUCAUGACACAAGUGAAGAACCUUGCGCAGUCCCUUUACCCCUGUUCGGCGCAAAAGCUUGACUACGACAUGAGGCUGAACUUUUUGGAGAACACAUCAGUCACCUGCAACGACGGCAGUCCUGCGGGGUACUACCUAAAAGAAUCUCGAGGCAGCAGACGGUGGUUGAUAUUUUUAGAAGGUGGCUGGUACUGCUUCAACAAGGAAAACUGUGAUAGCCGAUAUGAGACCAUGAGAAGGUUAAUGAGCUCCUCCAAGUGGCCCCAGACUAAAACAGGCACAGGGAUCCUGUCUCCACUCCCUGAGGAAAACCCUCACUGGUGGAACGCCAACAUGGUGUUUGUGCCCUACUGCUCCAGUGAUGUUUGGAGUGGUGCUACAGCCAAAACAGAUCAAAGUGGUUAUGCCUUCAUGGGCUCACUCAUUAUUCAGGAGGUUGUGAAGGACCUGCUGAAAAAAGGUCUGGAAAAUGCCAAAGUCCUCCUCUUAGCAGGAAGCAGUGCGGGCGGUACCGGCGUUCUUCUGAAUGUUGACCGCGUGGCAGAGCUGCUGGAGGGACUGGGCCACACUGCGAUACAAGUGCGAGGCCUUUCUGAUUCUGGCUGGUUCCUGGACAAUAAGCAGUACCACUGCACUGACUGUGUGGACACUACCAGCUGUGCCCCCACUGAGACCAUCAAGAGAGGCAUCAAGUACUGGGGAGGGAUGGUACCAGAGCGGUGCAAACAAGCCCAUGAAGGAGAAGAGUGGAACUGCUUUUUUGGAUACAGAGUCUUCCCGUCUAUAAAAAGCCCUGUCUUUGUGGUCCAGUGGCUGUUUGAUGAGGCUCAGUUGACAGUGGACAACAUUCAGCUGACAGGUCAGCCUGUGCAGGAGGGCCAGUGGCGCUACAUCCAAAACUUGGGCACUGAGCUGAGGAACACACUCAAAGAUGUCCCGGCUAUGUUUGCUCCAGCAUGUUUAUCGCAUGAAGUUAUCACCAGAAACUAUUGGAUUGAUGUGCAGGUUAAAGGCACUUCCUUGCCCAGAGCGCUGCACUGCUGGGACCGCAGCCUCCAUGACAACAGGAACAACAAGGCUCCGCCUAAAGGCUGUCCUGUGCAUUUGAUUGACAGCUGCCCGUGGCCACACUGCAACCCCACCUGCCCCACCAUCCGAGAUCAGUUCACAGGGCAGGAGAUGAAUGUCAUUCAGUUCCUCAUGCAUAUGGGCUUUGAUGUGCAGAAGAUGGCCCAGCAGCAGGGAAUGGACCCCAGCAAGCUACUGGGCAUGCUCAGCAGCGGCAGCUAAAGGGACACAAACAAACAGGCAUUAUCUCAACGCUAAACUAAGCAGAGUUGGCUGGCUGGUCUCUCUGGCCAGUCUUCCAAGCCUGAUACCUCCAACUACCCCUCCAUCUUCACAACCCAUUCUACCUAUAAUGAAUUUCCUCUGACCUCCUGUUUACUUUACUCCAAACCUCAGUCAGUGCAGGGACUUUGACCUUGUCCCACAAUCCCUUUUCUCCCAUCUGGUGACAAGUACUGUGGCAACAUACCACAAUGACAAGGCACAACUCUUUGCGACUCACCAUUUAAAUUAUAUUUUGCUUUGUAAAAGAAAAUAUCAUGAAUGUAAUCCAGUUUUAAGGAUGCUCACUGAUGUUUUGUUUUUAUGUUUGUCCUUCCAUAUAGUUUAAAUUUAGUCAUUGCCACAGUGACAUAGGGAUGCUGUUUUUGUUAAGUAGCCAUUAUGAGACUGUUAUCAGUGCAAUUGGGCCCUAGCAUUUUUCUGUAAUUGGAACUCUCAUCGCAAAAAUAACUGACACCAAGGCAGAUACAGGAAAAUAUGAUAAGUGCGCUAAGUGCUGAAUCAGAAAGGAGAUAUUUUUUUAAUUUACCUCUAAAAAAAUAAAAGCAUAAACAAUAGCGGGAGAAAGACAACUGACACUGAUGCUCUAAUAAACUCAUAGCAAAAGACUGUCAGUUAGAAUUACCCUGUUUGAACUAAACAGGCACAAACCAUGUGUUAUUCCUGCUAAUGAAAGUAAUGCAAUAAGACAUAAUGUUCCUAUAGCUGUAACUCUCGCCCUUGAUAGCGUCUACACCAAACUGGUAUAUUUUAAGAUGUCAGAAUGUCCCCUUUAGUCGUUUUACAACCCUAACUGUGGUGCUAAAGUGGAUCUGGAAUCAGUUUAAUGUCUAUACAUAGUUAUACAAAAACCACAGUGCCAUCACAUCUAAGCUAUACCUCUUAUGCACAGGCCGCAUCAUCAUGACAAGACUGUUCAAACACUCAUGUUAGGUCACCUCAGUAGAUCAGCAAUCCUCAAAUCAAUGCAAUGAACAUUUAAAGGGAGACAAAUAUUGUGUAUUGUAUUUUUUGAGUAUAUGUAUAGGCUCUUUCAAGUGUUCGCUAUUGUAACUCCCUUCUUAUUAUUUUCUCAUAGAGAUCACUUUAUAAUAUAAUGACAAUGUUGUAUGUAAUGAUGUCUUUAUAAAUGAUGUUUUUAAAGGGCCUCUAUUUCGCAUCACACCAGAAAAGGAAAAGUAUUACUAAUUGUAAUUUUAUUCUGUAACAUAUUUUUUAACAGGAAAAAAAACUCAAGCUACAUUGGUAAUUUACAUAUUUAUUUUGUUAUGUAAAUCAUAUUUAUAAGUGCUAUUUUCACAGAGAAGUGAUUCUUUGUAAAUUGUAAAUACAUUGCUGUUUUUCUCUUUGUGUUGACUGCAUGUCUUUGUAUCAGACCAGAAGAAAAGACACAUAACAUAAUAUACUACAAGAUAAAUAUUU